GCCUUCAGAACAGUCGAACAACAUACCACUAAGAAGCACAACACAUACAUCUACAAGACAGCAAGUUCUCACAGCUAUUAAGAGGAAAACCCAACAUCAACCUUCAACUCGUCAUACAUACAAAACCACUUCAACCACAAACUCUUCAGCAACAGCGCACCCAUGACGAACUUUGUCUCCAAAAUUGUCAACAAAUUGAAGAGAAACAGCACGACCUCUGACGCGAAGACUUCAGACAACAGACCCUAUACCGCCCCAACGCCUCAACCAAAUGACUGGGAAGGGCUUCCAAAGUACCGGGGCAACACUGCUCAGCAAACUGUGGUAACACACAGAGGAGCAAACCGCGAUUCGUACGCGGCAUCCAUCCACGGCGAGUCAUCCGAGUCACUGGUGGAUGAAGAGGACAAUAGACCUGGACGUCCCGACCAGGCAGGACCUGGUAGCGGACGACUAGGUCUGCAUGUUGCUCCCCCUCCCGCUCCCCCUCCACCUCCCCGUCGAAAGACGGGCAUUACCGGAACCAAUCUAAAUCGUAAGGGGGAGCCCAUGCGGCCGUUUGAAGGGUCCAUCCUGGACAACUGGGACAAGUUGGAGGCCAUUAAGGCACAACAAGAUGCAGAGAGGCCGGAUCUGGAGCACGUCCGACGGCGAGCGCAGGAAGAGGAGAAGCAACGUCUUCGUGACGUUGAAGCUGCCAGACAGCGCAGGGACAGACACCGCGAGGUCGGUGUCGCGGUCCCAAUGCCACCUCCCCCCCAUGUACGUCGGACUGCCACCGAGCCGAGCCCAAGGCAUGGACUACCACCACCACGACCAGCGCGACCGGAAUGGAAGAGGCCAUUGGAAGUAGAAUCCAGACCAGCACCAGUAGCUCCCGACCUGUCCUGGAAGCCAAGGAGGGGCAUCACACCUAGACCACCGCCCCAAGCACCUACGGGAGGCUUGCGACGAUCGGGCGCAAUCCGAGGCGAUCCAGGACAGCGUGGUAAAGAACAAACACCGCACAGCCGCUACCGAGAGGACGCUGUAUCUGAAGGGAGUUGCGGACCUGAAAGAAGACCCUGAAGAUGAGUAUAAUUAACUAACCAACCCACACCUACUAACCAUAGCAGUAGCCAGUCGAAAGAAGGACGAUGAGCUAUAGAUAAGAAUGCUGACAGAGUAUGGAUCCCCGGAAAUGUGAGCUGGACUCCUUUCCAGGUAAGUAAAUCCCUCUCGCUCUCUUGCUAACAAAAUAUAGUCGCUUCAUUGCAAUAAAAAACCAUUAAACACCAAAUUUCCACAUUCUCCAUCUUAGCAGUUUAUUGUGCUCCGUGA